AAAUGGCCCUUUUUUUGCUAUUUUUUUUUGACACAGACAAGCACAAGUACCCCAUUGGAUCUGGACGUGUAACCUUUAACAACCAGCGCAGUUAUCUGAAAGCUGUGAGUGCUGCAUUUGUUGAGAUAAAGACGCCCAAAUUUACAAAGAAGGUUCAGAUUGACCCAUACCUGGAGGAUGCCAUCUGUCAAUCAUGCAGUCGUGAGCCUGGGCCAUUCUUUUGCAGGGACAAGACCUGCUUCAAAUACUUCUGUCGCUCCUGCUGGCAUAGGCAGCACUCCAUGGACAUCCUCAGUAACCACCGCCCUCUGAUGCGCAACCAGAAGAAGCGGGACGCCAACUGAAACCACGCAUGGCAGCACGAUGCCUCAGCCUGGAUGUCCAUUGCGCCUGCUCCCCUUGGGGAACCGCUCAAGAGUUGGCCCCCCUUCAAAAGUCCCUCCCAGGAGUUGGGGCAUGGGGAAACACUGUAGAAAGUUCACUGUUGCACUUUCUUUUUAGUUUGGCUUGUUCACUUUGGCACGGUACACAGUGAGAUGGGUUAGCUGGGGCCCAUGGAUGGGAAGACCCAGAGUUUUGAACUAAGUUGAGAUUCAGGCCAUGGGUUGAAGGUGUGUUUUUGUUUUUGUUUUUUUUUAAAUAUAGGUUGCUAUUUUGUUUUGGUAAAUCAUUCUAAAGUCUCAUUGUUUAACAGAAGGAAGCCAUACAGUGCCUUUAAUUGGUUUUCCCUUUCCACACUAGCUGCUUUUUUUUUUUUUUUUUUUUAAAUGGCACUUUUUUUGCUAAUUUUUUUUGAGAUGCAACUACAAAAGCCUGGUUUUCAUCAUGACAUUUUUCACCGUUUUAGUUUUCAUACAUUUUUACAUGAAACAGUUUUAAGGUAUGGCAUGGAAAAGGUUGAAUUGCAAUCUACCUGGCGGAUUUUUAAUUUUGCGCAAAUCUUUUUUUUUUUUUUUUUCCCUCCAUGUUUUUGGAGUUUUUUGCCUUAUCAGUGUUCUGUUUGGUAGAACAAGAGGUUUGCAGAUAACCCUGCAGAUCUAAUUGCCAAUCCAGAUCAAUUUCAGUGCGUGCCUCCACUAGGCGUUGCUUUUACUGCUCUCGAUCAGAUUUCAAACCAACUUGAUAUAUUAAUCCUGAAAUGAGAAUGGCCAUCGACUGCACGUAGUUUUAUCGCACUUUUUAAUUUGCACUUUGUAAAGGGGUAGGUUUUUAAAUCACUUAUGUUGUACAUCAGCAGGUGUUGUGGGUGUGAGCCCAAAUGGCUGCUUGUUGAAUUUAAAACCGCAGAUUUCCCUUGAAUGUACCAAGAGCCUUAGCAGACUAAAUGCAAAUGUCACUUUAAUCAUCCUCUGCUGAAUGUCUGAAUGGAUAACAUUACUUUCAGAACUAAAACGGUCUUCUCUUCUCACCAUAUUCAUUCCAUGCAGAGCUAUUUCUCGAGCUCCUCUGUCAUUCUACCUCGUUGUCUGCCAAGUUUGCUUACAAAGGUGAAGUUUGAAUUUUUGACUGGGCACAAUAAAGGUGUUUAAGCAUUA